AAGUUAGGUCAGGUGUGAUGCUGGCUUCCAGUACUGUAUUUUUAACUUUAAAUAGGAAAAAAUUUGCCCUUGUUUGUGAGAUUUUGAAAGCAUGCCAAGUCUAUGAGAACCGGUUUCAGCCAGUUGGAGCCGGUUCCUUUGCUUUGGGCUGAAAAUGAGAGAGAUGAGAAAUGUGAUCUAGGUUCAAAAUUCUGUGUGCUGGUUAUUCGUCGUUGAUGUCUUGUUGUGCUGCUGAUUAGAAAUCUUGGUUGUUUCAGAUGUAAUGUUGUACUUCACACAUAAUAAUAAUGAUGAUGAUGAUGAUGAUGAUGAUAAUAAUAAUAAAAAAGUGGUCAGGUUUUACACAGAUUUUUAUCCUAUUAAAAUGAGAAUGUUUGUGCUUAAGACAUGCUACCCUUGCGUAUUUUCCAGCUUCAUAUUUUGUUGUGGCUGUUUUUAAUUAUUUAAUCCUGGUAGCUGUCUGGUAGCAAUAUGAGUACUAAGGGGAUGUUACACAGAAGAGCAGUGAUGUGGCAAAUAAAGACUGAAAUAUCAGGAAAGUUAUUUGUAAAAUUACAGAAAAAAAUUGACCUUUUAACAUUACCUAAAGCAGUGAAUCUUACAAUAGUUUUCAGACUAGGUGACUAUAGUCUUUCUCAUGUAUUCAAGUUACCUGUACAGGCCUCCUAGCUAUAUUUCAGUUAUUUAGAAAGUUCAGUUGCUGCUACAUAGAGAUAUGCGCGACUACUUAACUAGAUGUAUAGAUGUUACUCACCUUGCUAGUAGACAUCAGAAACACUAGUUGGCUAGUAGGGCUGCCACAAUUUGUUGACAUAAUCUAUGACGUCGACUAUUAAAAAGUGGUUAGUCCAUCAUUUUAUUGUUGACGCGUCAUAUACAUAUCACAUAAAUGUGUUUUUGUAACUGCAGUACACUACAGGAAGGUAUGGGGGCAGUAUCACAUUUUCCAUCUGCAGGACUGCACUCAGUUUGGGAUGCUAUUUCCACUUCUCUGACAUGAGGCACAUGGGUGGAAACAGUCCUCUUCCCACAUGCUUGCACUACUGUAAAUACCACACGGUUCGGGAAGGAAGCUGACUGAAUGCAGGAAGCACAUGACAACCAGACUAUUACCAACACGUAUUAGCGUAAACUGACCUUACGUGGACUUUGUCUUGGGAAGAUGGCAAAUUAAAGACUGUCUAAAGUUCGAUUUGAAACUUUGCACCCUUUGUUGUGCUCAUAAAGAACUUUAGUUAAUUUUUAAUAUGAUUUUCUGGCGUUCUCUUGUUUACGCUGAGACUCUAAAGGACCUGGCACACCAUGUAGACAAAUUGGCUGGCAGAUCAUGAUUGCGGUUUACCGUGAGCUACAGUUUCUUUAUCAUUGGCUUUGUGGCUGACUUAUCGUGUUCAGCUGAGGUUAAAAACAGUGUGUGCGGAUGGUGGUUAAAGCUAAAUUUAAUGUGGGCUUUGGUAUUAAACUAAUAUUUUUAAUAUAAUGAUAUUAAAAAUGAUCCUCCAGAAUUGUUUGUCCUUCCAGAAUUGUUUCUAUUUGAAACAGACUACAUAGCUUUUGUGGAGAUUUAUAUAUUUAGCUUGUUAGUUUGAGGUUAGCUUCACAAAGUCAAUAAAAUUAUACACUGAAAACAAGUGUCUGUUACUCAUGCCUACCCAAAAUCUCCUUCUGCUAUAAACAAGCACUACAAUACAUGCAGAAGUUUGGACACCUCAAGGCAAAUUAAAUGUUUAUUAAAUUUCAAAGUAAAAAGAAAUGAAUAAAGCCCUUCGGGGAAAUUAGAUGUGUCAUUUCAUUAUAUAUUUAACUCCCAUCCCAAACAUUCAAGGAAACUCUCAGAAGUCAGCAUUAAUUAACUCAUUAGGUCUCAUACGGUUCAUGUAUGUGUCUCGCCUGUCAUCCUAUGAUAGCUGGGAUAGGCUCCAGCGCUCCCUGGCGUCCCUGAAGAAAGUGGGUGAAUGGACUUGUACCGACAAAUUUUCUGACCACUCCAACUUUGCUCUCCUACUUAGGAAAUCUCGAGUUAAGCUAACUGAUGCUUAAAAGCCUAUUAUAAUAUCAUUAAUAACGGUAAUUAACAGGAACACUGUAGAACUGCUGGGCAGAAAGGCCAAUUGAAAACUCCAAAUGAUGACAAAGGACCCGGCUCAGCAUCGGUAAAUGGAGACCUUACCUAUGCACAGACGACCUCUGGAUAAGCCAACGGCUUUCUGAAAGCUCGAUUAAGGUGAGAGACUGGUGGCAGCUGAGACUGCAACCUUGCAAAUCUUACCAAAGGUAUAUUUGGAGGAAAUGGGAACAUGGAAAAAUUCUGCUUUAAGGCUGGAGAAGAAUGGACCCUGUUAUAAAUACAUGUAUACACAAACACCACUCAAGAACUCACAAUUAUCAACAAGUAUUAUGUGAAAGUGUGAGUACUUCAAACUAAUGCAUACAAAUGUAGUUUUUUUAUUACUGCAGGAAGUCAAGCCUGCUGUGGGUUUUAAUAAGCAAAUUUGUGGCUACAAAUGAGUGUGUAAAGACAGAGUGAAACAAAUGCGAUUAUUGAGAUUUAUUUUUUUUUUAAAUAAAGAGGCAUGUGUACAGACAGCUUUAUAACUCUGCCGAAACAUACAAACUCACCUGCCGAUAUAGUGAGAUUUCCAGCAUUAGGAAUUUUAAAUAAUCCCGACAAAAAAAUUGAAAAGUACUCUAAUUUUAAAAGAAUUUAUUCCUUCACUUGCACAGGUAACUAUGCAAAAAUACUUCUACCAUCAAAGCAGCGUGUUAUGAUUUAUUGAGGACUCUAAACAGUGAUUCACCAAACUCUGAGAGCUUCAGCUAUGCAGGCUAUUUUCAGGCUGCUUGUACUGCCUAAGCGAAGGAAAAUGUAAACGUUUUUUAUUGCUGUGGGUUCAAUUUAUGCCCCAAUAUCAAUAUAUGAGAACUAAGCUACAGUGUAGCCUAGCUGAUUUGACCACAGGGGGUGACUUGUCUAAGCUCAAGGCUGCUUUCUCCAGCACUGCAGACAUGUCGGUGUGCAAAAGGGUGUGAGAAAGAGAGAGACACGCAGGCUCUUGGAGAGCACAGAUACCAGCUCCCCUGCUCCCGAUCACAUGGAUUCUGCUGCAAAGGGACUCAGACAACACGAGGUGCAAAGGUUUAAGCUAUUCCUUUUCUGGAAUACCAACAAACAUGAGAAUAUAAGACCACUAUAACUCACCCCCUGCUGGCCUCUUGGGGAACAGCAAGUUCCUCAAGCACAAGCGAGUGCACAAAAUGGCUGACCUGAAUUAAUGCUUUGUGAUCUCAGAAGGAAAUGACUGCAAAAAGACUGUUGUUUCUAAUAAAUAGCAUAGCAUAACAUAACAUAACAUAACUACUCGCUGGGAUCUUCAGGUGGACUCUUCUCAUGUGUGCACUUCCGCGUAGAAAGUGCAACACUUCAAUGUGCCUAACACCCUGCAUAACCACCAUGCUUGCCGAUGCAGCAGGUCUGUGUAACUGUGAGUGUAGGUUUACAAAACUACAAUCACACUACUGUCUGUAGUUAGGUUACAGACAAAUUUUCAGGCUGUUGUUUGGCAGAAGGCUCCUCCCCCUCCCUAUAACCCCUCCCCCUUAGCACUGUAAUGUCUCUGGGCUCUGUCUGGACACCCCUCCCCCUCCAUGCCAAUGUUCAGCUGCCUGUUCUCUACCACUCAUUGGCUCUGUGAUUCUGUCUCAAACCUGCUCCUCCUGCUGCAGGGUAACUACAAGCUGCAGCACAUUUUCUUUGAGUCCUGCAUAUCCUCCAUACUAACCGACCUAAAACAUCCUGCAGCGGUUCAUAUACAUACCUUGCCUGCUUUUAUCUACCGACUUCAGCACGGUGACCAACAGGAUGCUUUAAAAAAAAACGAGUGAACCACUCAGACUGCAUCUCUGGACUGUGCGACCGUUAGUCGUUUAACGACCAAACCCCCUCUCCCCCGGUCGCAACGUCAGCCGUUGGAGUUUUUUUGUGCGUGCGCGAAAGGAGGAGGAGUCUGUUCGCGAGUCAGAGGGGGCGCGGAGCAGUCGGUUGAAUCCGCGAACACAACAGUUGUUGUUGUGGCACAGCUCACUAGUUUCCCCGGUUCAUCUUGAGAACGUGGACUUGAUGCAGCACUCAUAACGCAUCCCGAGAGCAUCGGCGCUUCACACAGGGGGUCCGUAAGAGUUGGUUUGGACACCAGCGGGUGAGGAGGGGACCGUACGGAACGAAGCUUAAAAUCGCGGGAACGUCGGCGGACAGCGUAGAGAAAUUCGGUUGUCGACAAGUCCUGUAUUAAGUCCAUUGUCAGGAACCCUUUGGCUUGAAGGCAAAGAUGGAAGUUAUUGUGACAGAAGAGAAGAAGAAGAUUUUCCGCGCCAGGAAAACCAUGAAGAUCAGUGAUAGACAUCAGCUGGAGAACCUGCACAGCACAUUGCUCACUGUGGGUACAAGUUUGUCCAACCCAUCUCCACCACCUGUGAUGAAUGGAACACAUAAAGAGGACGGACAAAAAGUGGGCGACAAAGAGCAAAACAACAUCCUGGACUUGAACACUCCCCAGACUACACCACCCGUCUCUCCGACCGCUCUGAGCUCUCCCACACCGUCCCUGUCCCUAAAUUUGUCUCCUUCCCCUCCCUCUUCAAGUCCAAAAGGACUCGAAGAAAUGACUGCUCCGAGAUCACCAGUGGAUCCUCUAAAUUUUGAACUGAAAAAGGUAGAAGAAGAUGAGAAGAAAGAUAGCACACCAUCAUCAUCAAGUGAACCUGUCACAGCUAGAACAGACUGCAAGGGACAACAGGAAAAAGACACUGAGGUGAUCCCAGCUGAGGAAAAGAAGAAGGAGGAUCACACUGUAGAAGAGGACCCAGCUGUAGAUUUGGCAGUGGACCCACUGAAAGGUUCGGAUACACCUGUGCCACCUGCAGUAUCUGACUUCACAGAACCAAUGGAAACAGAUAGUGACACUACAAAGGAAAUGGACACUGAGGCUUCCACAGCCAAAGUACCAGAUGAAAAGCCUUCUUCUCCUAAAUGUACCACUUCCGACUCUUCCUCAUCUUCUUGCUCUAUACCCAAUCCAGCUUCUUCUUGUGCGGACCAAAAACAAUCAGUGGAAAUCAAAGAUGACAUAAAAGAAGUAGAGACUGACAAAGCGGAUGUGAAGAAAGGCUUGACGUGUGAGGAAAAGAUGGAGGUGGGCUCUGUAAAAGUGGAGCCCAAAAAGGAAAAAACUAAUGUGGGACAAGCCUCAAAGCCAUCUCGACCAUCGUCCACUCCACCAUCUGAUACAGCAGUGAAAGAGGAGAGGAGCUCAACCUCGGGACUGAAACGCACUUUAUCGGAGGGCUCUGAAAAAGAUGGGCAAACUGUAAAAAUAGAGGGUAAGAGGCCCAAGAUGGACCGUGAGGAGUUGGAGGCCCAACUGGAACUUAAAAUUACUACAAAAGCUGGCAGUCAUCAUAAACUCGGGAAGAUUGUGCAGCAGUUAGUGGAGGAGCGAUUGAAGGUGUUGGAGCUCACCAUUUUCGACAAACAUUUCCAAGAGCUGAAGGACAGAGUAGACAAAAUUGACUGCGCCACUAAACACCAAGCUGCCAUUAACACACUCCAAGCCAAGAUUGCCCGACUAUCAAAAAAGUUUGGAGAGGCUAAUCAGGUAUCGGAGAAUAAAAGGAAACAGGAGGCACUUGCUGCUGUUGCUGCUGCUACUGCUGCCAAAACGGCAGCGGUUACGAAUAACCCUCAAGCUCAGCGGCCAGGCUGGACUUCCAUGGAGGUAAAGCAGACAUCCACAACUGUUUCUUCAUCCAGCACAGCAGUAGUUCCAGUUCCUACCGCAACCCCUGCCGCAGCUUCAGCCCCUGCUGCAGCUUCAGCUCCAACUCCCACCUCCACUUCAACUGCCAUGGUUCAGCAGACCCCUAUCCUCCAGCUGAUCACUUCCAACUCUAAUCCCACCUCCACCUUGGCCACUGGCAGUACCACCCAGAGUCAAACGGGCACCCUCCUCUUGAAGACUGCCCCUGGGAGUAGCAUGAUGGCUACAGGCCAGCCGCUUCUCAUCCAGUUGCCUUUAUCAGUGAACGGCCAGGCAGGGACACUGGUCAACAUCCCCGUCUCGUCUUUGUCUGCAGCCAGCUCACUGAACAAGUCCAAAACCACUGCUUCUACCGCCACGUUUAUACUCAAGCCUGCACCUGUCACGACCACAGCCACAGCCUCGGCACCAGCUGUGGCCACUGUCCCAGCCCUCCAUGGCUCCAGUGCCCAGAUGUCCUCUGGCCAGAUCUCUCUUGCUCGUGCUGUGUAUCAAGGGGGUGCAAGUGGAAUAACUACACCCCAUGCUGGGGUAUCUGUGACCACGGCCAGGACACCAGCUCAGUCUGUCUCUGUAGUCGGGGCCAUGUCUUCAGUCUCUUCACCUACAACAUCUGGGCCAGCAGCAACCGGAUCCACUGCUCCAGGACCUCCACAGGGGAUGUCUUUGACAUCAAAGACAGACAACCAAGUUACAGUAACCGCUGCAUCUAAAGCAGCUGCACCAGCGGCACGACCCAAAGGCUCCGUAAUUGACCUCACCGAGGACGAUGAUGAUGUCCAAGUGACUGGAGUGAAGAAUGCUACUGUUACAACUCCCUCACCGAGCCCACGCACUAACCCAGUCAUCAGCAUCCACAACAAUACAGGAGCAAGAGCAUCCCCUCUAAGCAAUCAGAACAGUUCUGGCAAUCCUCAGUUGACAGUACAUCACCGCCCCCCAGUGGAUACUCCAUUAAAAUCCCGCAGUGUAACCACUACUACUACACCAACUCGAGGCUCCAGCAUGGCGCUUCCACCGCUCCCUCCUGCACCCGCACCAUCACGCUUACCCCCAGAGGCUGAACGGACCUCGCCUCCUCAACAACCUCAGCUAAAGCUGGUGCAGAGUCAGACUGGUAUAGUGCUCUCCUGGUGUGUUGGAGAAGUUGAUCGGACCUGCGCAGCUGUAGAAAGCUAUCACCUUUAUGCCUUUCAUCAAGAUAACUCUAACAGCAAUGCAUCUCAGCAGCACUGGAAGAAAAUUGGGGAGGUGAAGGCCCUUCCACUGCCUAUGGCCUGUACGCUGACCCAGUUCCAGUCUGGCUCCACGUAUCACUUUGCUGUUCGAGCCAAAGAUGUAUAUGGGCGCUUUGGCUCUUUCUGCGAACCUCAGUGCACAAAUGUCAUCAGUUCCAGCUCUAGUUGAACCGUUACAGAAAAGACAUAGCGUUUUGCCUUUGAUAGUUUAUGACUUUUCACCUGUUUUGUGUUAGGAACUGAAAUAUUGUACGCUGGACAAAAACAAACACCUGUAAAUGUCUUCCCAUAUAACAACUGGGCAACAAACUGACUUGGAGAGUUCAAGUGGCAAACGGUUGGUUUUGUCUGACUCAUCAUAUGUAAUGUGUUUUUUGUGACUUAAGCUGUUGUGUAUAUAAGUUGAAAAAGUUUGCCCCUCCUGCCAGAUCAGGUAUUUGUGUUGUUCGCUCCUGAUCUUCAGACCCAGAUCUUUUUUUUUUCUUUUUUUUUUUUCUUUUUUUUUUCUUCCUCUUUUACUUGACAGGAUUUUUUUUUCCAUGUAAACUAAAUUGCACAGAAAUGUAUAAAUGUGUGGUAGAAACAGAAUGAUAACUUUUGUAAGUUUUGUCUGGCAACCAGACUUUCACAAGCAUAAUAAAGAGGUUUUAUUAAAGUCAGCGACAGAAUAAAUAUUCUGUAUUUAAUGCCAUAGCACUCCUCUGCAGUUAGACUUUAGUCACCUAGGCCUAGAGAGCCUGGAUGACUCCUUUGUAGUUCCCAUAGGAUUGGCAAGUUGUUCCUAGAGGUUUGUGGGUGAUGCUAGGUGAAAUCUGUUUCAAAGAGUGCUGCAUCCACAACGUUCUUGUGAUUGCCCAAUUUGUGCAGACAAAUCGUCACCGACACAGUGGCGACUGCCAGCAACCACUCACCAGCUGGUUGUGGGAUACAUACUUUUCCUAAACAACCUGGGGUUGCCAGUGGAUCACUGACUGAUCCCUAGGCCUAUGUGAAUGAGGCUUCAGCAAUCGAUCUCAAAGCAACUGUCAACACCAGCUCCCAACUGGUCAGGGGUUCAGGGAACAUGCGUGUAUAUAUAUAUAUAUAUAUAUAUAUAUAUUUUUUUUUUUAACCUCAUUACCAGUGGUUGCCGGAUGAUUACAGAGUGGUCAUUAAGCCUGUGUGGCUCGGACCAUACAGAAACCACAAAGCAGAAAACCAAUGCCCAACAAAGACAUGGACUUUGGUAACAGGAUACAGAAAAUAUAGUCAUGUGGGGACCAAAAUCAAAAAGGUUAUGUUAUUGUCUCUGAAUGUGCACAAUAAACCUUGUCAGAUGGCAGUCCUGUGA